GCCCUGAACUUCUUAUUCCCAGCACAGAAAUGCAAAUGACACCACGGUGUGACUAAUAAUAGAAUGAAAUUAACUACACCCUUUAACUUAAUCAUAGCCAGAAAAAUUAAUACUAUUCACCAUCUGCCACUCUUAAAGAUAUUGCCCAAAUAAUCAAUAAACUGAAGUAUCAUAUAAGCAAUGUACUUGGCAUGGACUACUUACUAGCUAACAUUAACAGACUAUACAGAGCUGUCUUCUUUUUCUACAUUUCAUAUCAUGAAACUAUAAAUGGUUCUUUUUUUGGGUACGUGUAAGAAAAACAAAGAAAUCAACUGCAUCUCAAUGGAAAUGUUUAUAAGACAUAAAAGUGUGAAGAUAGCACCUGGAGCAGUGGUUUGUGAUGAGUGUGAGUUAAUUGGUGACAUCACCAUAGGUGCUCGCACAGUAAUUCAUCCCAAGGUGCGCAUCAUUGCUGAGGCUGGACCGGUCAUCAUUGGGGAGUAUAAUAUCAUUGAAGAAUUGGUUCAUAUCACAAAUCAGUUUCCAGAGGGAGAAGAAGAAAAGAAAAACAGCCAGGUGAUGUUGAUUGGCAAUAAUAAUGUCUUUGAAGUUGGUGCUCACAUUGAUGCUGUUAAAAUUGGUGAUCACAAUGUAAUUGAAUCCAAAGCAUAUGUCGGACCUGAGGUAGAAUUGACAUCAGGCUGUAUUAUUGGUGCCUCCUGUCGAGUGACCACAGGUGAACAGCUCCCAGAAAAUACUGUCAUUUAUGGGGCCAACUGCCAUAGAAGGUUCCAGCGAGAACGGCCUCCUGCACAAAAUUUGCAGAUAGACUUUCUACGAAAGAUUCUUCCCAAUUACCACUAUAUGAAGAAAGUGACCAAACUGUCCUCUCCACAGAAGUGAAUUACUGGAAAUGGAAUAGGGCAAGGUAGAUUUGAACAGCCUGUGGUUUUUAAAAGAUGUUGCUUCUUGGGCAUCCUUAUAAAGUUGUCUUCAACUAGUCAUUCUGUCUGUUUAUUGUUGCUGCUUAUGGCUAAGGUGUCCAUUUUUGUCGGCCACGUCUGUAACAUUGCACGAAAAAAAAAAAAAAGGGAAAAAUCUUGUAGCAUUGGCUGCAUUAACAGGUGGUAAAUAUUUUCAUCUCCACCAAUGAUGUAGAGCAGUUUUAUACAGGAUUUUAUUACUUAAAAAUGGUCAGAAAUUUAAAUGCAGCCUUUUGCAGACUAAUGGUCAAUAUUAGAAGUUUCUCCCAUGUGAAUUACUGUUGCCAAUCAUGUGUGCUUGUUUGUCAGCACCAGGAUGAUUUUGGUUUACUUUUUGUGAGUUGUGAUUGGACAUAUUUAUUUGAAUGAUAUGAUGUUUAAGUGUCUAUGUGUGUGGGGGUGUAUGUGUGUGUGUGUGCACACCUGUACAUGUGAGAGAGAGUACAUGUUUAAUGUAAGUAAUAAAUUAGUGACCCAGAUUAAGUAGAUGUAGUACUUUAAUUUAUUCUAUAAAAUCGCAACAGCACAGUGUCAUGCACGUGAAUUAAAGCAUAGAUAAAC